GCAGCUCGGCGGGGCGGAGGCUGCGUGCACCUGGCCGGCUCACCCCGGCCGCCGGAGGCCCGCCCGCCCUCGGGCUUGGCCGCGGGGUAGCCGGAUGGGAACCGGAGCCUUACCUCGCCCUCGAGGCUUACCCGCUCGGGGUCCCGUUAUGUCCCCCUCCCCUCACCGCGCUGCCCCGCUGCACCAAACACACGCUCACACCCGCCCCGCGGCAAAAGCAACCCGACGGGGAGGGGGGAAUUAGCAGGAGGAGACGCGCGGCCGAGAGGCGAGGAGCGAACCGCUUCCCCGAGCCCUUCCACUGCGGAGCCGCGAGGGAACAUCAGACGCGUUAAAAAAAGCCCCAACCAAACCAAAACAAAACGCAGCGUUGGAGCCGGCGCACGGCGAGCGGAGAUCAAACAGACGCGGAGAGAGAGAGAGAGAGAGAGAGAGAGAGAGAGAGAGAGGAGAAGGAGGGAGAGAGGGAGAGACAGAUUAACUGGAGCGGCAGCGGCGGCAACAACAACAACAACAAAAAAUCAUACUUAUAAUAAUAACAAUAAUAAUAAUAAUAAAAACCCAAACCACCAACAAGGGAGAUAUUGUUUAAAAAGAGCGAGCGAGGCAGCGAGCCGCAGCGCCGGGCUGACCGAGUGGAUCCGCGCAGCACUCCCGGGACCGCCGGCACCGCGCUGAGUCCCCGCCGAGCGGCCGCGCAGCGCUGCGGGACCGCGCGGGGACCGCCGCCGCCGCAUCCUCUGGAGCCUCCGCGCGGAUCUCCCGAUCCCGCCGUCGCGGGGAGACGCCUCGGCACCGUGGAGCCGUCGGCCGCGCACCCGCCGCCCGCGGCCCCCGCCCCGGCGGUGCUCCGCGUCAACUUUGGCGGCGCGUCGGGAAGCGGCGGGCGCUGAAGGAAGGAGCGAGCGGAGCGCGGCGGAGCGGCUCAAGAGACCCGCACCCACGGCCUGUGGAUUGUUGUCUUGCGGGGGCGGAGUGGGCGGGGGGGUACAAGUGGCAUCUCUCCCCCCCACCCCCCCUCCUCCUUCCAGGCUAUAAAUUGGAUUGUAUAUAAAUCUGCUUCGGUUAUCUCCCUGACCCCCCUCAAUGACGCCGGACUAAAGAGCUCUCUCCGCGGCCCGCCCGGACCCUGCCGAAGCGAGCGAUGGACCACGAGCGGCGGCGCCCGGGGAUGCCCCUCUGAAGCGCCGCGGGGCCCCGGGGCUGCGCGGCGCCGCCUCCCCCAGCUCCCCGGCUCCCCUCGCACCUCCGGCCCCGCUCCCCCUCCCUCCUUCCCCGGGCUGCGCGGCCACCCCCUCACCUGCUGCCGUCCCCCUCCCCCGCGGAGCCGGGCGCUCGGUGCGCUCAGCCCCGCCGCCCCCCCCCACCCCCCCCUCCCUUUCUCUCCCUCCCUCCCCAACUUCGGUUGCCUGCGCGGGCGGCCUCCCCCCUCCGCCUCCCCGGCGGCACACGCCGCUUCCCCGGGCCCCCCUCCCUCCCUCCCCGCGCGGAGCGGUUGCGGCCCCCGGCUUGGCUGCCGCCGCCCCCUCCGCGCCGCGGAGCGCUCGGAGCGGCGCUGCCUGCAGACGGGCUCCCUGCGGCGCUCCGGGCCGGCCCCAGCUCGGCCCCCCGCUCCUCCGCCAUGGACGGGGCGGCUCGCCGGGGGGUGCUGGCCGCGCUGCUGGCCUGCGGGCUGCUGCUGCUGGGAGCCGCCGCCACCCCGACCCCGCCGGCUCCCGCCGGGAGCUCCCCGCAGGACACAUGCACCUCCUGCGGCUUCCGGCGGCCCGAGGAGCCGGGCAAGGUGGACGGGGAUUUCCUGGAGGCGGUGAAGAGGCACAUCCUGAGCCGGCUGCAGAUGCGGGACCGGCCCAACAUCACGCACGCCGUGCCCAAGGCGGCCAUGGUCACGGCGCUGCGCAAGCUGCACGCCGGCAAGGUGCGGGAGGACGGCCGCGUCGAGAUCCCCAGCCUGGACGGGCAGGCGAGCGCCGGGCCCCCGGCCCACGACCCCGUCUCCGAGAUCAUCAGCUUCGCCGAGACAGACGAUCUGGCCUCAUCUAGAGUCCGCCUCUAUUUCUUCAUCUCGAAUGAAGGGAACCAGAACUUGUUUGUCGUUCAAGCCAGCCUGUGGCUUUACUUGAAGCUGCUUCCAUAUGUCUUAGAGAAAGGCAGCAGGCGAAAAGUAAGAGUCAAAGUCUAUUUCCAAGACCCGGACACUAGCAACAAGUGGAAUGUGGUUGAAAAGAAAGUCGAUCUCAAAAGAAGUGGUUGGCACACUUUUCCCAUGACAGAGGCGAUCCAGGCUCUGUUUGAGAGAGGAGAAAGGAGACUGAACUUGGAUGUUCAAUGUGAGGGCUGUGAAGAGUAUUCAGUGCUGCCAAUUUAUGUGGACCCCGGGGAGGAAUCCCACCGGCCUUUUUUAGUGGUGCAAGCCCGCCUCGCUGAUAACAAACACAGGAUCCGGAAAAGAGGCCUGGAGUGCGAUGGCAGGACCAAUCUAUGUUGCAGGCAACAGUUUUACAUUGACUUUAGACUCAUUGGGUGGAAUGACUGGAUCAUAGCACCAUCAGGUUACUAUGGGAAUUACUGUGAAGGGAGCUGCCCGGCCUACUUGGCUGGCGUCCCGGGGUCGGCUUCCUCCUUUCACACCGCCGUCGUGAAUCAGUACCGAAUGCGGGGGCUGAACCCGGGCACCGUGAACUCCUGUUGCAUUCCAACCAAACUUAGCACAAUGUCAAUGCUGUACUUUGAUGAUGAAUACAACAUUGUGAAAAGGGACGUUCCCAAUAUGAUUGUGGAAGAAUGUGGUUGUGCUUGAUUUGAGGUGUGUUUUUUGGGGGGGAGAGAGAGAGAGAGAGAACAUUCCCGUACGAGAUGGUGUUGGAGGAAGUUUCACUGUGUAUCCAGGCAUCAGUGUUGAAAAGUCACUGUGGAAAAGUUUGACGAAAAAAACAAAAGAAGUCAUUUCACUUUGGUGUCAGGACAGUGGCAGUUUGUGGAUCUUGGACACUUAUAUAUCCUACCACUUAUAAGUUAAUGCUAUGAGAUAUCUUAAAGACACGCACGCACACACACACACACACACCGUGCGCACACACAACCACGCGCCCGUGCACACACACACACACACACACACACACACACACACGCAGACACGAGGCAGCUUGGGAAAGGGACAUGAGCGCAGGAAGUCAGUGACCAGUGACGACGUACCUACAUGCCUGCCAGUACGAGUGGACGGCUGCGCAGCUGUAUCCCCGCCUGCCGGCAAAGCCAGACCGAAAUGAGCUCCCUUUGCUCAGGCAAAAGCACAGACUGCGAGAGCACAACGUAUUCUUGCACGCAGGUGUCGAAAUGACCAAACUUAGAGAGAGAAAAAAAAAAAAAAAAAAAAAGAAAAAAAAGAAAAAAAGAAAGAAAAAAAGUCGACUGUCACCUCUUAGGUCUAGUGGGAAGCUGCAGGACACCUGCCUACGUAGGUGAUCACUUCCUCUUAAUUUAAAUUGAUCUAAAUAUAAGCAUCGCAGAAACCCGUAUCUUCCUACAGCACUUCCAGUAAGCACUUCCACUUCGGUAACAUCUGAGAGAGAGGAGGAGGCAGACACACACGCGGCUGCUGUGUUUCUGACAUCGGACUGUUGCGGGGUCUGAUGCUGUAACCGACCACCAGCAACCCGCGGAUGGCUGUACCCGUUUGUGUCUUGGAGAAGGGGAUCUGGCACCGUAUCUGGACUGUGUUGACCGUGAGCAUCUCUCACUGUUCCGAGAGCGAAGAGUCGGAGUUGCAAUCUGUGUUCUUCGAUGGGGGACUCGGCGAGGAGCUGUCGUGUGGGGAGCGAGCAAACAAGCGGCCGCUACCACGGCUAAACCAAUGAACCCUGCGGAGGAGCGACGGUGGCGCGGUGGAGACGCUCUGAAAAAUGCAGUGCAUUUAGUAACAGGGGAGGAACAUUUGAACAAGUCUUGGAAAGGAGGAGAGAGAGGAGAGUGCUUUCAAUUUCCUUACCGGGAGGUGUCAAGAAUGGCCAUAAAGAUCAGAAAAUAAUGAUACAGCAUAGCACUUGCAAACUGCUUGAAUGCACGUAUAAUAGCACUUGCAAAUUUCAAUGCCUUGAAAAGUGGUACUUGAUAGUGCACUUAUCUUUGCUCACUAUCUAGGUAAACAGGUGCCGCAUGAGCUAUGCAAUUUAAAGUGUUGACCCAUACUAGACAAAACUGGACUUAUGAUAUGACUUUUUUAUAUUUUUUUAUACUUGAAAUUAAAUCUUUUGCUUCUUUUUUAAAGCGAAUGAUUGCUUUUAAUGUUUGCACUGAUUUAGUUGCAUGAUUAGUCAAAAAACUGCCAUUUGAAAAAAAUGUUAUUUUUAUAGCAGCAAAAAAUGAAUACAGUUAAAUGUAUUAUACAUAAAUUUUGGAACCAAAGAGGCCAACAUAUUAGUUAUAAUUUUUAUGAGAUGGCAAAGCCAUCAUAUAUCAUGUAGUCAUGCUGAGCAAUCCCUCACGAGGCCUACCAAUUGUUUCAGGGUACAAAAUGGAUUCUGUUUGUUCUAUUCAGUGUCUUUUCUAUACCAUACGCACAUGGAACGUAGAGUGAGAAAAAAAAAAUGACUAUUGUAGAAUACAUUACAAGAUGUGCAUCCUUUAAAUCCAAUUUUUAUGUUUAUUUAAUAAAGUUCCUUUUAGGUUCUGUUCCAUAAUAAUUUAAACCAAACAAUUUUCACUUAGAUUUGCUGUUGAAGUAUUUUACAUUUGUGUACAGUUUAAAUAAAUAAAAAGAUGGAAAACUG